UUGUUGAUUUGGAUUUUGGACUUCAGAGAAAGUCUAUCUCUGGACUUCAGUCUCGUUGCUGCUUUCCACACCACAAAAGAGAGAGAAAAGAGCUGAAGAGCCAUGGAGGUUUUGGGGACCACCACCCUCUUCCUGGUGGUCUUCCUGGUCCUGUUUGUGGCCUGGAGGAAAGUGGAGGCCAAGAGGAGGAACUGGCCCCCGGGCCCAACGCCGCUCCCGCUCAUUGGCAACCUCCUCCAGCUGAAGCCCACCAAUAUUGCAGAACAGUUUAAGAAGAUGAGUAAAAAGUACGGAUCGGUCUUCAUGCUGUAUUUUGGCUUAGACCCAGUGGUCAUCGUCUAUGGCUAUGAUGUGGUGAAGAAGGUUUUAGUGGAUAGCGGAGAUGAAUUCCUCAACAGGGGAAGCUUCCCGACGUCAGAUAAGACCAACAAAGGACUCGGCAUCAUCAUGUCCAACAAUGAGCGGUGGGUCCAACUUCGCCGCUUCUCCCUCAUGACCUUGAGGAACUUUGGGAUGGGAAAGAAGAGCAUCGAGGAACGCAUCCAGGAGGAGGCAGAGCACCUGAUGAAGGAGCUCAGGGACAAAAGAGGGCAGGCCUUCAACCCACAACACCUUUUCAACUGUGUCACAUCAAAUGUGAUCAGCCACAUCCUUCUGGGGAAACGGUUUGACUACCAUGAUGAGGAGUACCUCCAGAUCCUUAAGCAGCUCAUUGAUGGUGUCCGACUGGAGAGCUCAGUCUCAGGACAGCUCUACAACUUCUUCCCCUGGAUUAUGGACUAUCUGCCUGGUCCUCACCAAACCUUCUUCAAAAACAUCUAUGGUGUCCAGGCCUUUAUUGCCCGAAAGGUAGAAGAGAAUGAGAAGAUCUUGGAUCACACUGAUGUCCCUCAGAAUUUCGUAGAUGCCUUCCUCCUCAAAAUGGAGCAGGAGAAGAACAACCCCACAACGGAAUUUACUAAAGAGAAUCUGAUGAUGACCAUUUAUGAUUUAUUUAUCGCUGGAACAGAAACCAGCAGCACCACCAUGAGAUAUUUCUUCAUGACGUUGGUAGAGCACCCAGAUGUCCAAGCCAAAAUCCAGGAUGAAAUAGACCGCGUGAUUGGCCGGGAGCGGAUGCCCACCAUGAAGGAUCGCCUGGAGAUGCCCUUCACAGAUGCUGCCAUCCACGAAGGUCAGAGGCUCCUUGACUUCAUCCCCUUAGGCCUCAUCCGUAUGGCGAAAAGGGACGUGGAGAUGGAAGGCUUCACCAUCCCAAAGGGGGCCACUAUCUACCCCAUCCUGAGCUCUGCACUCCACGAUCCUAAGCAAUAUGCAUAUCCAUAUCAGUUUAACCCGGAGCAUUUCUUGGACAAAGAUGGGCGCUUCAAGAAGAACGGAGCUGACAUGCCUUUCUCUGCAGGAAAGAGGAACUGUCUUGGCGAAGGACUGGCCCGGAUGGAGCUCUUCAUCUUCAUCACUACCGUCCUGCAAAGCUUCUCCCUCAAACACGCUCCCGGAGUGCCCAAAAUAGACCUCACACCAGAUGUCAGUGGUUUUCUGAACAUCCCACGCCAGGUCCCCUUCUGCUUCUCCCCACGCUGAGGAGCCCAUUACGCUCCCAUGAAGUUCUUGUGAAGUUUUCUUUUUAGUGCAGAUUGUGAAGUUUGAAUAGCAAGAUUUCAAAACUGACCUCACUACAGAUGGCAAUGGCAUCCUGACCAUCCCACACCAAGUCCCUUCUCUUUCUUCUUGUGUUUAAUAAACCCUUCUACUCCCAUGGAGUUCUCAUAAA